GUCUCCGACCGCGUGGAGGGAAAGAGAGGCAGGAUCGUUUCGCGACGACCGUGAGCUUGAGUAGCGAAAUGUCGUGUCAUCGAAGAAAAGUGCAUACGCCGCGUGUGGAACUAAUGAUCGUGAUUGCAUCGCAGACUUCACCGAGCUCAGACAUGCCAUGACGAGAAAGAAGAGGAGCAGCGAUGUGGAGAGAAACGGAUGGUUAUCAUACCGACCGCUGCAGUGGAUGCCCCCGAGGAGAACGAGCCGACCCAGCUAUUUCUACGCCUCCCCUGAUUAUACUUUCGGCAACACCAGGGAUGAAUCCAAUCUGAACUAUCAUCAUGAUUUCCGGGACCACAGAAGGCAGCACGAUUUACCGUACAGACAUCGUAUGGCAAGCACGAUACCAUGGUUGCUAUCAAUGUCGUUACUGGCUGUCCCAAAAUUUGCGGCUUACACGGGUCCCAAUAUUUUAUCCAGGGACCUUCAGGCACCCGCGUUGCCAUUAACAUCGUCCAUUUCUACUCCACAAUUUUUUUCGCAUAACUUCAACUACAAAGAUUCUACUGCAUCGGUUUAUGAUGAACACGCCAGCACGUCGCGAAAUUGCGAUAAUCAUUCGCCGGAGGAAAAACCAACGGUUUCCACGAUCACAGGCAAUCUUUACGGAUCGACGCCGCAAUCGCGGCACCGCGUUGCUACAUCCAAUCUGGGAAGAAGCAAUCCUUCCAGAUCCAUUGGAAGAGCCAUCGAUAUGUUCCGCGCGGAUCCGCACUCGGUCAAUCAAUUGGACUUCAACGAUUUCGGCGACGGUUUCGCGCCGGGGCGCAUCAUAGACGACUACGUUGGUCCCGCUAUGGAACUAGUGUACGCCUGGUCCACGAUUGAUUUUGAAUUCGACAGUAUCGACGCGCGAGACAACGCUAUAUUCGAGGGCGACUACAUCGCGGAGAAUAACCUGCCCCUGGGCCUGGAAGUCUGGCGCGAUAAAGUCUUCAUCACUCUGCCAAAAUGGAGAACCGGCAUACCGGCGACUCUGGCUACCGUGCCCAGACAUUCCAAAACAAGAAGCCCCAAAUUAAGGCCGUACCCUAACUGGCAGUGGCAUCAACCAGGAAGCUGCGAGAGCUUAACGUCAGUCUUUCGAGUUCAAGUGGACGAGUGCAAUCGGUUGUGGGUUCUCGACUCCGGCAAAACGGAGCUCGCCAAAAGAUCCAAACAAGUCUGCCCGCCCGCAAUAUACAUCUUCGAUCUGCGCACCGACACCCUCAUCAGGAAGUACACCUUGCCGGACGAGCAGAUCAAGCAGGACUCCCUGUACAUCAACAUCGUGGUGGAUGUCAGAAACAACGACUGCGGCUCCGCGGUGGCGUACUUGGCGGACGUCUGGCGAUACGGUAUCGUGGUGUACGACUUCUUCAAGGACUCCACCUUCAGAGUCGAGCAUCACUUCUUCUAUCCCGAUCCCCUGGCGGCCAGAUACGAGCUGCACGGUAUAAAGUUCCAGUGGACCGACGGAAUAUUCGGAAUGGCGCUCAGUCCCGAGGACGUUCACAACGACAGAACGCUGUUCUUCCAUCCGAUGUCGAGCUUCCGGGAGUUCGCCGUGUCCACGUCGGUCUUCAGCGACAAGCGAACCGCGGAUUAUAGCACGGAGAAGUUCAUGCCCGUCGGGAAGCCCAGGGCCAAGGACUACGGCCACUCCUCCGGGUCCGCCGUCGACCGGAACGGCGUCAUGUUCUUCAACAUGGUCACCAGGGACUCCGUGUGGUGCUGGGACACCAGGAAGGAGUACAUACCGCAGAAUCUGGGUGUGAUUGGCACUAGCAACGAAUCGCUCGUGUUCCCGAACGACAUCAAGGUGGACCACGAACCGGAUCAAAGUGUGUGGCUGCUGUCGAAUCGAUUGCCGAUGUAUUUGUACGGGACACUGAACAGCGGGAGUAUUAAUUACAGGGUGUUUAAGGCGGACGUUAAGGAGGCCGUCAGGGAUACCGUCUGCGAUCCUAAUUACGUAGUCCCUGACUCGGAUCCGGGCCUCGACGAUACUUGUUGAAAAUUCGAUUCGCACACACGUCAUUAAAUUAAAUUAUAUUUAAAUUUUAAUUCUCGACAACUCUAAUCGGAUUUCUCAACAUCGACAUGCCUCUUACUUUAAAGUCUAAGCAUUAAAAUCCCCAGCACUGAACAUCAUUCAGGGAUAUACCUCCUUUUCUUAAGUUAUUCCGCGUUUAUUUAUAUCAUUUCUGAUUUUCGCCGAUUGUAAACUAUAAUAGAUUGAAUGAUCCAGAGAACAUAUCUUCGAUAUUUAACACGCAUUGUUUAGUAUCAGCACGUUUAUUUAAAUAUUCCUACUACUGUAAGCAGUGCAGUCUUCCGAGUUACCAAUGAUUAGACAAUUGUAUGUAAAAUUUUUAGCAUAAUUACAUUUUGUACAUAUUUGUAAACCAUACAUUUGUAUAAAACUUUUGCUAGAUGUAUAAAAUUAUCUGAUAGAAGUGAAAUACAUUGCUAUCGCGUGUAA